ACAUAUGGACGCAGCUCAUUGGCUGGUUCCACGGAUGACGCGAUGAUGCGGAAGUGAAGCACCACCAACUGGAGCAAACAUGGCGGGUCUCAGAAGCAGCUACUCGGCUCUGCUGCUGAUUCUCUGCAGUUUAACGCUGUUUAUCAUCGCAGACAGUCAAGAAACGACACCAGCUGCUGAAGAACACGACGCAGCGGUAGAUAAUGAUCCAGAAACAGCCACAGAGACGGUGGAAGUGGAGGAGAGACGAUGGGAAGCGACUGAUGUUGUUGAAGAGGAGACUCAUGAUGAAGCUGCAGACAGACAGGAGACUAAUGAAGCUCAACCACCGGUCCAACCACCGGUCCAACCCUCGGUACCGGUCCAAUCCUCCUCCUCAGUACCGGUCCACUCCUCCUCCUCGGUACCGGUCCAAUCCUCCUCCUCGGUACCGGUCCAACCCUCCUCCUCGGUACCGGUCCAAGCCUCGGUACCGCAGCACAAAGAUGAGUUCCAGGAGGAGCUGGUGAUCAGACCUCUGCACUCAGGAGAUGUUUAUGCCAGCUUCCAGUUCCGCACCUUGUGGGAGACUGACUUCAUGAGAGGAAACAAAGUGUCCCACUACCGGCUGUUUCCCAAGUCUCUGGGCCAGGUCAUCUCCAAGUUCUCGGUGCGAGAGCUGCACAUCUCCUUCACGCAGGGCUACUGGAGGACCAUGCAGUGGGGGCAGCCCUUCCUGCCGUCUCCUCCCGGGGCCGAACUCUGGGUCUGGUUCCAGGACUCUGUGACAGAUGUCGAUGGCACGUGGAAGGAGCUGACGAACGUUCUGUCGGGGAUCUUCUGCGCUUCGCUGAACUUCAUUGACUCCACCAACACUGUUCAGCCCAGUGCGUCGUUCAAACCUCUGGGUACAAGCAACGUGACAGACCACCGCUUCCUUCGCUAUGCCACCCUCCCACGAGAGAUUGUUUGCACUGAGAAUUUGACACCCUGGAAGAAACUCUUGCCAUGUGGAUCGAAGGCUGGUCUCGCUGUCCUGAUGAAGUCAGAGAAACUCUUCCACAGCAGUUUUCAUUCCCAGGCGGUGCACAUCAGACCCGUGUGUCAGGACUGGCAGUGCAAAACCACAUCCUGGGAGCUGAGACAGACGCUGAACGUGGUCUUUGACCUGCACACCCCUGGUCAGGGCAAACGAGAGUGGUCGCUGUUUAAGAUGUUCUCUCGGACCGUGACGGAAGCUUGUCCGCUGGCCUCCUCCAGUAAAAUCUACAUCGACGUCACAGACAACCCUCAGGGGGAUCAGUUUGAGUUGAGCCCGGCCACUCCCCUGCUGAGCCAGGCGAUGGUGCUGGGGGACAGACGGACCUUCUCCGUCUACGAUCUGACCCAACAAGUCACCUUUGGCACCGUGCGCUCCCUCAACCUGCUGAUCCGCUGGAAAUCCACUGAGGGAGACAUGCUGCGUCCACUGCUCCACGCUGAGCGUUACGUGGCCGGUUACGGGCUGCAGACGGGAGAGAUCCACACGCUGAUGUACAACAACCAUCCCUACAGGUCUUUCCCUGUGCUGCUGCUGGAAACGGUGCCUUGGUACCUUCGUCUCUACAUCCACACCCUCACUGUGACCAGCAAGGGGAAGGACAACAAGCCCAGCUACAUCCACUACCAGCCGUCUAAGGACCGUGUGAGGCCUCACCUGCUGGAGAUGCUGGUCCAGCUUCCUCCAAACUCCGUCACCGAGGUCACGGUGCAGUUCGAGAGGGCUCUGCUCAAGUGGACCGAGUACACCCCUGAUCCCAACCACGGCUUCUACGUCGGGUCUUCAGUCAUCAGCUCUCUUGUACCAAGCAUUGUCGCCAUGGAUACGAACAGCACUCAGGAACAGCCACUUUUCAGCAGCUUUUUCCCCUGUAAAGAGGAGUCCAGCUACUUUGUGCGCGUCUACACGGAGCCUCUGCUGGUCAACCUGCCAACUCCGGACUUCAGCAUGCCCUAUAAUGUCAUCUGCCUGACCUGUACUGUGGUGGCCGUGGGCUACGGCUCCCUCUACAAUCUGCUGACCCGGAGCUUCCAGAUAGAAGAGCCCAGCCCGGGAUUGGCCAAGCGGCUGGCCAACAUCAUCCGCAAGAUGAGGGGCGUGCCGCUGCUCUGAGGGCUGGACACGGACGCCAACUGGUUUCUACUUUUAGAAAGGAAGUUUUCCUUUCUGGUGAAACGCGCUGGUAAACAUGGGAUAUUCAGGGAAGAACUGAGUCAAGCACUGGUAUAUGAAUGUUUUUAAAAACGGUCAACUUGAAGGUUUGGUUUUCAAAUGGAUGUUUUUGAACAUUAAUGUUUUUUGGGAUGAUUUCCUGCUGGCUAAGGAAGAGAAAAGAGACAUUUCUGUACUCGGAUGGAAGGAAAGAGCUUUGUUGUUGUUUAACAAGGAACCAAAUAUGAGACUGACGCAGCAUCACAAAGCCUCAGAGCUCAGAUAGGAAAAGGACGAUCACCUUUGAUCCUGACCUGUUGAUUGAUUUCUCCCUGCUAGGAAAGAUAAAAUAAAAUGACUUUCUAAGUCAGAGUCAGAAUGUCACAUUUCCUCAAACCUCAGUCAUGACAGGAUAGCAAAUAACUUUCCCAUGAAAUUAUCACAGCAUCAUCGUCUAACUACGGGACAUCCAGUGGCAUUUCCUCUUUAUUUAAUAGUUUCUGAUUCAUCUGUCUUAUCUGACACAUGUUUUAUAGUAGUUUUAAUAUAUAAGAAAAGAAGACAUGCCCACAAAAAUACUCUUAAGUUACCAAAACCAUAUGUUUUUUUAACCCUCUGAGACCCACAAUAGACGCGUUUUUGUCUUUUUUUAGGGGGGUCCUUAGGGGGAGAUAGCAGGUCAGCAGUAGAUGUCACAUAGAAGUGGUGUACAUCAUCUGAAAAUUGGGAACCUGAAGAUUAAUUUGCGAUGCAGCUCAGCACUGUGUGUCAACUUGUUCUAGUCAUAAAUCAGAAAAACUAAAUCAAUUAAUUCCCGUAUUAAUUAAUACCCCUUUGAAAAUGGCCAUGCCAGUUUUUUCCAAAGUUUUGCCUAAAUUUGGAGCGUUAUUUAGCCUCCUUGCCGUCGAGCGAGCAUGACCUGAUUGUUACCAAUGAAUUCUUCAGGUUUUGGUUUAGUGUCUAGUUUCAUUUGAUAUCUGUACCUUCACUCUAACUCUAAAACUGAACCUGAAUCAGCCUCUGAAAGACCGUAAAGUCGGGUUCUCAGGGGGUUAAAUUUGUUCUGAGCAAUAGCGUUACUCGUCUGGAACUACUUGUUCUAUUAAAAAAGGAACAGCCCUCUAACCAAACAUUUAUUUUUGCACUUUUGGAUGCAUGCUUGAAUGUUAAAUGCGAUUGUCUGCACGUUUCUUCAUAUUUAAUUGCCUUUAGUUGGUCGGGGUUGUGAACUCAUUCACUCAUCUGUUCAAUGUCAGAUUCAGUGUGUCUUAUAGCGAACUGAAGUCUGUCAUUAUGGACAUUACUUUACCAUGAAAUACUACCAUGCAUUGUGUUUGUUAAACUUUUUGUAAUGUAUUUGUCCAUUCUGGUUCACUUGUUGGGAAAAAAAGUGCACAGAAUGUUUGAAGCGGUACUGAGCGUGCGUGUGUGUUCUUUAUGGCCUUUUCAAUAAACUGAAACAUCUUUCUAUUAUUUUAUUCAAAUUUCCUAGCAGUGAAAGAAGGUAGGCCGUUCUAAAGUGCAGCGGCAGCCGGAGCUGUAUUACUUCCCACUGAGUGCCCACAUUUUUGUGAAAACAAACUUGGCCCCACUUCUGGCAGACUCGGGAGAGAACAAACACAGACGUCUCUGUGUUUGGCCGGUCAGUGAUUCGCACGCCUGCACGUUUGGGAACAAAAACAAACAAAAGGG